UCCAUGUACUGAUGGUCUGAGCACAAAUAUAUAAAACAAUACUGUUCUUUUCAUUGUAAUGAUUAUUGCUGCUUAUUUCAGUAACUUUAAAAACCCUAAACGAACAAACAAAAAAAUCCAUAUCAAACACAAUGCAUUAGAAGUGCAACGGAAAAUUUGUGGAUCAUUAAAAACAUAAGUAACUCCCUUCACUAUCCAAUAAAUCAGCAACUGCGGAAGUAUUUUAGAUUUUAUUAAAAAAUCCAGGAAACUUAUAAAUCUCAUUUUACACUCCAACAGGACACACAUAUUGGUUUAGUUUUUCCCUGCAGGGGCCGGACAAGCAAUGAUUUUCCAGCAGCUGAUGGCUGUUGGCCUGACUGCAGGUCAGGAGACAUGCAGCCUCCAAGGGGCAAUUCCCAUAAACCGCUUCCAUAGAAGUUACCGGUUCUGGAAUCACAGAAUCAAUUAGUUUUGCAAAGGUCUCUGCGAUCAUCGAGACCAAUGUCUGACCGAACACCAGCAGGUCAACUAGACCAGGCACAAAGUGCCGUGUUCCUCCGGGGACAGCGACUCCACCACUUCCCUGGGCAGGAUAAACUAGUGUCUAAUCACUCUUUCUGUCAAAAUAUUCCUCCUGCCGUCCAACCUAAACCUUCCCCAGCACAGGCUGAGGCCAUGUCCUCUCGUCCUGUCUCUGGCUGCCCGGGAAAAGAGACCGAUGCUCCCCUGGCUACCACCUCCUUCCAGGGGCAGCAGACCUGCGACAGAGAAAGAAACAAAACUGCACAGAAUCUGACAAAAUGGCUCCAGAGGAGAGAAACAAAGAAAAUUCAAAGCUGGGAAAGUCGCCAAAAUAUAUGUUAAUCCAGCGUUUUGCAAAGCUUUUCUUUGGCUGUCUCGCGGCAGUCACCAGUGGAAUGAUGUAUGCUGUGUACCUCUCAACAUAUCAUGAACGGAAAUUCUGGUUUUCCAGCAGGCAGGAACUUGAACGAGAAAUUACAUUUCAGGGUGACAGUGCCAUUUAUUACUCAUUCUAUAAAGAACUGCUAAAGGCUCCUUCCUUUGAAAGAGGUGUUUAUGAGUUGACACACAACAAUAAGACAAUAUCACUGAAGACCAUAAAUGCUGUCCAGCAAAUGACUUUGUACCCAGAGUUGAUUGCCAGUGUUUUAUAUCAAGCAUCUGGUAGCGAAGAAGUUAUUGAACCAGUGUAUUUCUACAUUGGUAUAGUUUUUGGACUGCAGGGAAUUUAUGUGACUGCAUUGUUUGUAACCAGUUGGGUUAUGAGUGGGACUUGGCUGGCAGGAAUGCUGACUGUAGCAUGGUUCAUUAUUAACAGGACAGAUACAACAAGAAUUGAUUACUCCAUACCAUCAAGAGAAAAUUGGGCUUUGCCAUAUUUUGCAUGUCAAGUAGCAGCUCUCACAGGCUAUUUAAAAAAGAACCUAAACAGUUCUGCUGAGAAGUUUUGUUAUCUUUUGGUGAAUGCCUCAACAUACACCUUCGUGAUGAUGUGGGAAUACAGUCAUUAUCUCCUGUUUGUCCAGGCUGUUUCUCUUUUCCUGCUAGACUGCUUUGCCCUAGCACAGACAGAGAAGGUGCACGAGGUAUACAGAAUCUACCUGUUUUCUCUCAUCGUGGGGUACCUGCUGCAGUUUGAAAAUUCAGCCUUACUAGUGUCACCAUUACUGAGUCUUGUGGUAGCUUUAAUGUUUUCCAAAUCCCUUCAGAUGAAUAUGAAAAAAAGUACAUUUGUAUCAAGAUUGCUGAAAAUAAUGUAUAUUUAUUUGGUACUUACAGUAGCAGUGACACUAAACUUCUUAUUAAAGAUGUUCAUUCCUCAUAAAGAAAAUGAGCAUUUGCUGAAGUUCAUUGAAGUGAAACUUGGCUUAAACACAACUAAGAAUUUUACAAUGAAUUGGCUCCUUUGUCAAGAAUCUCUUCAGGCACCCUCCCAAGACUUUUUUUUGCGACUAACACAGUCAUCGCUGUUGCCUUUUUAUAUUUUAGUAUUAAUUAUCUGCCUUUUUUCUGUAACUCAGGUCAUUUUUAGGAGAAUUUGUGGUGAACCACUGAAAGAGACAGUUAAACUUGAGGAUGGUCGAAUUGGAGAGAGGCCAGAAAUAGUUUAUCAUGUAAUUCACACAAUUUUGCUUGGUUGUCUAGCGAUGUGUUUGGAAGGAAUGAAAUAUCUAUGGACACCUUAUGUUUGCAUGCUUGCUGCAUUUGGUGUGUGCUCUCCUGAACUCUGGAUGACGCUUUUCAAGUGGCUUCGACUGAAAGCUGUGCACCCAAUACUGCUGGCUCUUAUUCUGAGUAUGGCAGUUCCCACUAUAAUUGGAUUCAGCUUGUGGAAAGAGUUUUUCCCUAGAAUAAUGACAGAGCUUACAGAACUGCAAGAAUUCUAUGAUCCUGAUACAGUAGAACUUAUGACAUGGAUAAAACGACAGGCUCCUGUGGCUGCAGUGUUUGCAGGCAGCCCACAGCUCAUGGGUGUGAUUAAGCUCUGUACAGGAUGGAUGGUGUCGAGCUUACCUUUGUAUAAUGAUGAUGAUCUUCUGAAAAGAAAUGAGAAUAUUUAUCAAAUCUAUUCAAAGAGGUCAGCAGAGGAUAUUUAUAAGAUACUCACAGCUUACAAGGCCAACUUUCUGGUUAUUGAAGAUUCAAUUUGCAAUGAAGUGGGACCUGUAAGAGGAUGUAGAGUUAAAGAUCUGUUGGAUAUCGCUAAUGGUCAUGUGGUUUGUGAGGAAGGUGACAACUAUGCCUACUCAAAACAUGGACGAUUUUGUCAUGAAAUCAAAAUGAACUAUUCUCCAUAUGUGAACUAUUUCACUCGAGUGUACUGGAAUAGGUCCUACUUUGUAUAUAGAAUCAACACUGUGAUAUCCUUCCAGUCAUGAAAAAGCAUGCAGGCUUCUUUCUGAGGAUUGAUUGUGAAUGAAUUUCAGUUGGAAAAGUUCCUUUUGAACAAGGAAGUAUAUUUUUGCAGAGAGAUGUGCACACAUGCAGUAUACUGACAGCUUUAUUCUACCAAACUGAAAUUUUUUGAUCUAUAGAUCAGCAGACACAUAUACCAUCCUUGAAGGAAACGGGGGCAUUUAUCUGUUUUACAGUCUCUACAAUGUGCUACAGUCUUCCAUGUUUUUACAUUUUUCUUCCCAUUAUAAAUCAUCUUAAUCUUCAUGUAAAUGAGAUUUCUAACUGUAGUGUUAGAGACUUCAGUAUAUAUAUAGAAAUAUGCAUAGACUUCAGUAAACACAGAAAAAUUAUUUUAAGAGCUCAUUUAAGUCAUGUAGCUUUUAAUUUUUAGCAAGAAAACAAUUGCUAUCCCAAGUGUUUUCAAGUAAGUGUUUGGAUUAUUGGUUUGGAGUUUCUUUUUGUUUUGUUUUAAUUCUUCUGUCUUCCGUGGUAAACAUUUCUGUGUUUAGGUUAAGGCACUGAUCUCUACAUUGUUGUCUCUGUUGUCUACAGAGACAUAUUGUUGGAAAUGCUAGGAAUUAGACAUAGCUCAGAUCUUCACUUUGGAAAGAACUUGUCUUCAGCAUUUCUCCACACUUAAGUGUGUGUGUGUGUGCUUAAGUGUGUCUUUCUUAGCAGCCACCAGAAUGGGCCAGUAUACCACAGUAUGCCAUACUUGUUUCCAGGCAAGUGUAGUAGGACAGCCAGGUUUGCUACUGAGACUUCUGCACUUCAGUUUCACCCCCUGUGUGUGUGCUGGUGUGUGUGUGUGUGUGUGUGUGUGUGUAGGGAUGGGUGAUGCUCAUUUCAUUCAACUUAUUAUGCAAUAGCUAUACUAAGAUAGUGCCAUAACUGUCAUUUAAAACACUAAAAUCACCACCAUUAAUAAAUAAUGGUACAGAUGUUCAUAGCUAUUUUUAUAUCAAUUAUGCAAAUACACAGAUCUUUGGAAAUUUGGGAAAGUACUCUGCUGUUUUGCUUCCCUCUGAAAUUUUUCUUUGUUAUAUGACCCUCUUUGCCUCUACAACUCCUUUUCUUAACAAAUUAUCUGCUCAUCCUGUUUGUUGCUGGCUGAUAGACUUUCAAGAAAAUGAAUGAUGUUUUAAUUCCAACUCUGGGUUUAAACCUGGUGUUGAGAAUGGAAACUCCAAUAAAAGGUAACAGUAGCUUUGCUUAAUGUAGAUGUAACCUGGACAAAAUCCGGGACUAAGUUUUGGAAGAAGUUGCGCACCACUUAGGAGUUGCCUACAGUUACAAAUUAGUGUAACACCUGACCCAGAGACCAGUCUAUCAGGCAUGUGGGGAUGAUUCUUUGGAGCCCAGAUGCCUUUAAUGUAGGAUCUGGCAAAACAGGAUGAACCCUCAGCUGAAAAAUCUGCAAACCAUUCUGAAAGUGGAAGGUGCAAAAUAAUCCUUACUGCAAAUUGGAGAUUUUAACUCUGAAAUUACUAGAAACUGCAGCAUGUUGUUGUAUGUGCAUGAUUCUUCUCUGCUCUGUGCAGAUACAUUUGCUUACUUUACACUGACACAUAGUGCUGAGAUUUUUUAAAACUUUUGGAGUGAUUUAAAAGAAAAAGCUUUAUUGUUUUAAAAGCCAACAUGUUUGUAAUCUGUUUUUUACUUUCAGUUAUAUUUUUAGGCCUAUGAGUCUUGGCAAAAUGUUAAAAUAUCCGUUUUAUUUGAAACCAAUGUUCAGAUAAAUCCAUCGAAUAUAUGGGAUGCUGUCACUGAGAGAAACAUUCAUCCAUAUAACUGAGUUACUAGUUACAAGUAAAUAUCCUUUCUGGGCAUACAGAUAUCAUGUUGGGGGUAGUGUGUACCUGUGUGUCUGCUGGAGUGCGGGCUGCAUUUAUUUGCUUGUGCACAAGUGCAUGUUUUACUGCACUGGGCUGUUUAAGACUACUCAAUUACUGUCUGCCAACAGAAGCUUGUGUAUUGAGCUAUGGCAGGCCUGCAGGAACCCCCUCUGUAUGUGUGGAUAUAGAUGUAAUACUUGGAAUUAAGUUUAGAAUUCCUGUUUCAAUUUAAGUUUGUCUGAAUCACUGUCGAGGAAUUACAUGUCUGUGUGUUGGUCAUUUAACUCUUGAAGUUGGUGAUUCAUUAAUAUCACUUCAUAUCAGCAAUAAGGCAUUCCAGGUGCAAACUUCACGGUUACAACUGUAGUUGGGUAGGUGAAGUCGCAGAGCUUACGGCUUCAUGCCUUAGACUGCCAUGUUGAGAUGCAGCAUUCAGCUGUCCUUGACUGCCUGUUGUGUUUUACAGCAAUGUUCUGUGUGUUACCACGUAGAAUGUAGUUUGAACACUUACAAGUAGAGCACAGGUGUUAAGAAAAUCACAAAUGAGGCCACCCACACAUCUGAAAAAACUGUCUUGUAGCACGUUGGCCUUUAUACAUUGUUUAAAUUAAUGAGUUGAACUUUAUUUGAACUGUGACAUAGUUAUUGUUAUUAGUUUUGUCAUAGUUUUUAAGAUGUAUUCUUGAUACUUCAAUUGAUUCUGCUUUGGGAGAAUCAUUUAAGAUUUUUAACUUGCUUUUUAUAUUAGAGAAAACUAUAUUGCAGCACCAUUGGCACAGCAGCCUUAAGUAACAGAAGGAGCCUUUUAUUUGGGAAAACAUUAUGGUUGUUCCUGUAAAAAGGCAUAACUAAAACAAGUGACUGAAAGAAUCAUAUCUUAAAAAGAAAGUGAAUUAAUUUUUUGUCCAGCUAUGGACUAGCAAAAUACUGUCAAUCUCCAGCUUCUGUGAAAAAUGGUAAGUUCCAGUGAUACCCCUCAGUGGGACAACAAUAGGGCAUAAAUUACACCAGACUUGUGCAGACAGCCCUGGCUUGGUUUUCAACCAGAUCACAGGUUUAACUCCCUGAAAGGGUUUUGGGAAAGUUUUAAAGAUUUUGAUCUGCUUUGCUGUAGAUGUUGCAAUUCAGUUGAAACAUGUGCCUUGCAAGCUUUUAUUAAACAAACAAAAAACCUCAAUUCAUGUUUCUUUUUGUGAAGACGUUUUUUUUUAAAGUUCCCGUCCCUCUGAUUUCUAGAGUUUCUGUUGUGUCUUAAUAUGCCAGCCUCCGAGGAUGCCCAAGUGAUGCAGCUGGGAUGUGUGCUAGCCAUUUAACAGCUGUUCACUGGGGAGAAUGAGAAUUUGCAUAGCAGUUUGUGUGACUAUUCUGCUGGCUUAUUUCCUCCUUCGCAUUUCCACUUUCUGAUAUACUUGAUCUUAGUAAAUGAAAAAAAACCUACCUUGAAAGAAUAAAUUAAUAUAGUGUUUUCAGGCACCCACCUGUUAUCCUUAGACUUGUGAAUCGAAGUUUGACCAACCCACAGCUAAACUUAACAUGUCUUAAUCUUAAAAAAAUGCUCUUUCACUUCCUGAAUUACCACAUACUUGAACUCAGAUUUGACAGGAGAUGCUUGAGACUAAGGAAACGAAUUUCUGAGCAUAAACUUCUAUUCAUGUUAUUUCAAAAAAUACUGAUUUCAUUUCUUCCAAAGUAAGUGGAAAUACAAUUUAAUACAACACAAUCUGAAAUACAUUUUCCAGGGGGUGGGGAAUAAGGAGAAGAUACAUAGGUGUGGAAGAAAGAGGGCCAAAACAUUUCACAGGCAUUGAAAGUUCUUCCAACUGUUUGCUCUGGUGGCAUUGCUGUUUACUAAAAGGUAGAGGCUAGGGACCAAGUCUUGUUCUUACCACCUUAUUUUCACUAAGUCAUCUUCAAGUGUCCAGACCUUGUGACAUUCCAUCAGCUUUUCUGUGCAAUUCACAUGAAAAGGAGCUGCAAGAUCAGGUUGUAGGGAUUGUAAGGUAUCCCUGAAAUACUUCUUAAAAUUUCAUAUAACCUGUCCUUCAACCAAAACUCUGACAGGAGAAAGCAUAGGCUGUGCUUGUGAAUGUGUGGGUGUGUGCACAUAUGUGUUUGCAUUUACAGGUGUCUAUUUUACUGUUGUGUUUUGGAGAUGGAAUGAGGAACUUCUCUUAUUGCUAAUGGUGAUUGAAUCUGUAAGUCUGGUAAAUACUGAUGGGCAGGUGGACUGGAGUACUGUGGUAUGGGAGAUGAAAGAGAAGCGGAACUUUAUUGCAACACAAGCAAUAUUUCAUGUGAAAUAAUACCUCAACAUAAAUCUGCAUAAUCAUGCUUUAAUACUCUUUCUAAAACUUAACUUUAGAGGGGAAAAAAAGUGGGAAUUCUAAGACAUGCAUUGUGUGUUGUCUUAAAUCUUUUUUACUUCAUCAAUACAGCUAAGAAAACAAACACCAUUAUGUUGCUGCACUCUAACUAUGCCAAAUACAGAGCUAGUGAUGCCUAAAGGUCUUCUGAAUUGUUUUGUACCUCAACAAUGUGUUUUAAGUGUAGUUAAUCUGGCAAUGGUUUUGGUUUCAGCACAGUUAAAUGUAUGUAUUUCUGCCUUUCAAGUGAUGUUUAAGGCUACCUAUUUAUUUGAUGGGACAGAAGGUUUAAUGCCUUUCAAAAUUUCAAACUUGUUUACUUUAAUAAUGCAGAAGAAUUAUUGGUGGUGCUUUACUUGUUAACAGUGACAUUUAGCAGUAGUGUGUAUGUGCAGCUAUUUAAUAACAAGUCUAAGGAAUACAAUUCAUUUUAUCCUGUUUGCUGUCUUGGACAGUUUUUUAUCAAAGUAAUGUAUACAUAGUAAAUAUUUUUCUCUUGUAACUAAUUUUUUUCAUGUGGAGAAAAAAAUUAAUAAAAGCCAAGUCUGGAAAGUAUGGAUUGUUUGGGGCACAAACCAUUUUAUCUUUUGAGAAGUCAAGGGAAGACUGUGCAGCAUAGCUCAAAUGUCUGUCUUGACGGGCAGCAUAAACAGUCUUGCAACUCUUGAGGACAAGCAGCCUGCUCAGACUGGAUCCAUAUGUUGUGCUGACUGUGACUGCCUGGUGAGACAUACUUGUGUGAGGAUGAACAGCAAAAUGUGAGCUGCUUCAUAUGGAAUUACUGAACUCUGUCACCUUCUCCCUAAAGAACUUCCUACAGCAAGCAUGUCACCUGGAAAUAAAGUGCUAUGCAACAUCAAA